GACGAGUGACAACUAACGAGGCAUAUCCAAACAACUCAUAAAUUGGAGGGAACGGAACGGAUCAGACCGGACCAUGAAUCGUAUAACUGGACGCACCCACUAAAACAAUUCUGGCGGGAAAAUGUCAGUGCAGUCCAUUCCGUCGCCCAUAAAACUCUGUUUACACCUUUUAAUUUCCCAAACACUUCCUAUUUCAUCUUUUCUCUCUUUAUAGAACUCGAUCUUCGUCGAUUCAAUUCGAUCUCUCACUCUCAUCCACCAUUACAAUGAUCUUCAAAACGGUUUAAUCAAAUUAUAUCUGGUACCGUGCUUAAAGUGUCUAUUUUGUAGGCUCUCUUGUGCUAAAAGUUGAAUUAUUGUUUCUGUUGAAAAAUGGAUGGAGCUUUUGAGGACGAGAAUGAUCAGACUAUAACCAUCAAUGAGUAUCUUAACAAGGUUGAAGCCGAGGAGUUGGAAGCGGAUUUGGUUUUGGGCGGAGAUGAGGGCAAAGAGUGCACCUAUACUAUGGGGUAUAUGAAGAGACAGGCAAUUUUCUCUUGUCUGACUUGCGCUCCAGAUGGGACUGCUGGGGUUUGCACUGCUUGCAGCUUGUAUUGUCAUGAUGGCCAUGAGAUUGUGGAGUUAUGGACCAAGAGAAAUUUUCGGUGUGACUGUGGAAAUUCGAAAUUUGGGGAGUUCUUUUGCAAGCUUUUCCCAAAGAAAGAUGUAGAAAAUGUGGAUAAUUCUUAUAAUCAUAAUUUCAAAGGUUUAUACUGCACUUGUGGUCGGCCCUAUCCUGAUCCAGAUGUUGAAGAACAGGAAGAGAUGAUACAGUGCAUCAUGUGUGAGGACUGGUUUCAUGAGGAACAUCUUGGUCUUGAGCCUUCUAAUGAGAUUCCAAGAGAUGAGGAAGGAGAGCCUCUAUAUGAGGAUUUCAUAUGCAAGACAUGCUCAACAAUUUGCUCUUUUCUGACGCUAUAUCCUCAGACUAGAUGGGCAGCUGGGAGGCAGAGAGGUGACGCUAUUGUAAAUAAUGUUAAGGAUAAAAAUGGGUUAGAAGAUAUAUCUUCAGCUUGUGGAUCUGGAAAGCUUGAGAAUGAUGCUUGUUCUCAGGUUUCUGGAGAGGAUAAUGCAGUGGCUGAUGCUAAUAGUGAUUCAGUGCCUGUUGCUGAGGCAUCUGUUAUUGGAGAGAGCUCUGAGAAGAAUAUAGGUUCAAAUCAAAACACAAAAGAUGGCAACCGUCAGACUACUUGUGUUCUUGGAGUUGAUACAGUAUCUACUCUGCCUGUUUUGGAAAAUAAAUCGCUGUUUCUUUCCAAAAAUUGGAGGGAUAUCCUCUGCAGAUGUGAAAGAUGCUUAGAUAUGUACAAUCAGAAGCACAUAAGUUAUCUGCUUGACAAGGAGGACUCAAUUGCUGAGUAUGAGAAAAUGGCAAAGCAGAAGAGGGAAGAAAAGUUGCAGCAGCAGGACGGUGAUGAGCUGAGCCUUUUCAACAAACUGGGUCAUGUAGAGAAGAUGGAGAUAUUGAAUGGCAUUGCAGACUUUAAGGAGGAGUUUCGAACUUUUCUGGAGUCGUUUGACACAUCAAAAACGAUCACAUCAUCUGAUGUCCACCAGAUAUUUGAAAAUCUUGCUAAAAAGCGCCGGCGUGCACAGUGAGUUGUCUGUUAGUUUCUCAUGUUUUACAUGUGGCCUCUUCUUUAGCUGGGCUAGGAGCUGAACCUUUCUAGAACAUACAGAAAUUUGAAAAGGCGUUCUGUUUUAAAGUAAGAAUGCUCCAGUUGUAUGGACCAUCUUGUCUUGUAGAGUUUUGUGUUUAUUCACCUUAAAUUCAACUUGGAUUUCCGUAUUUACAUGCUGGAAUAAUGUAAUUUUUGGAGUUGGUGAAUACUUCGAUAUGUUGAAUUAUGUUGUCUAUCA